AUUACCAAUACCCACAGAAACCUCUUCUCCUUCUUAUCCUCAUCUUCCCAGUAGAAAGAUUCUCAGCCUUCAUUUGCUUCUUCUCUACCUAUACAUCAUCCUUUAUAGAUAAGCCUGAUAAGGUUAUAGUUACAAAUAUUUUCUUUGCUCAUACAAAUACACAACCCAGUUCUCAAAAUCCGUGUCUGCCUUCAUCAUUUCUUCUAUUUCUCUCUUGUUUUAUGUACUGUUUUUCUUAUGCUGAACACAUCUUUUUCUUGAUGUUUGAGAAUAGCAAGUGUUCAUGACUCCUGUACUCUGUGAAAUCCUCCUUUCUGGUUUCACGAUAAACUCAACUCUUAGGCGCGGGACUCACCUUGUUCAAUCCUUCUCUGUUGUCUUCCUCUACUGGUUCUAUGUUUUCUCAUGAUCUCGAUUAGCCCCUCUGAAACCCCAUAGAGCCAUCAUCUUUAAUUACCAUCUUAAUCAUAUCUUGAAAUAAUCAUUUUCUUGGUCCCGUGCGUUCUCUUUUAUUAAGCAUAGUCCAGGGUUAAUUACAGCUUGAGUUUAUUUUUGUUCUUGUUCAUAUAUUUUUGUUGUUGUCAGUACUAUAUUUAUUUGUUAAGGGAAAAAUAUUAUGGCCUCUUCUAGUGGGGCAUCUUCAGGGUCAACAACCAUGUUGAGGAACUCAAGUUCUGAAGAGGAUCUGCAGCAAGUUAUGGACCUAAGGAAGCGUAAGAGGAUGCUGUCUAAUAGAGAAUCUGCAAGAAGAUCCAGAGUGAAGAAACAGAAACACCUGGAUGAUCUCAUGGGACAGCUUGGUCAACUCAGCAAAGAAAAUAACGAGAUUCUGAAAAGGAUGAAUGUUACCUCUCAGCUUUACAUGAAUAUCGAAGCUGAGAACUCUAUCCUCAGAGCCCAAAUGGCUGAGCUGAGCCACAGAUUGAAUUCUCUCAAUGAAAUCAUUGAAUACGUCCACUUUUGCAGUGGCACUUUUGAACGUCGUGAGGAUGCUGCUGCCCCCACUACUGGUGCUUUUGGUCAUCAGCUCGGUGAUGAUUUUUUCAUGAAUCCGUGGAAUAAUGCUGAUUUCCAUUUGAAUCAACCUAUCAUGGACAUGAUCAUGUACUAAAAUUAUUAUGUGUGGGAAUUUGGUUGUAAUUGAUGCUGUUGGUGGUGUCUCCUGUUGUUUUGAUCCUCUUUUUUUUUUCGGUGUGUUUGUGUUGGUUAUGAUGAAUAAAAAAAUGUACAGCUUCUAGCAGGGUAUAAUUUUGAAGAUUGUGACUGAUUAUGGUGAA